AUGAUCAAAAGCACAUCCCUGCUGGCUUUGUGGGCCGCAUCGUCUGCCACCGCAGCACCUGGGAAACCAUCGGGAUCUUGGCAACCCAAAGGGCCAUGGGGGCAUCCAUGGGGACGUCUAUCUUCUAGUGGAUGUGGCAAAACACAUCACACUGGCUACAACAACGACACAGCCUCGCACUCUAUCAUAUCUGGUGGCCUGAACAGGACAUAUGGCGUCAACGUUCCCAACGACUACAAUGAUAACCCGUCCAAGGCUCGAGCAUUGAUCAUCGAUUACCACGGAAGCGGAGGCAACGCCUGGCAACAAUACGACAAUUCGCAGUACUACAACUACCCUUCCGGAGAGGAAUACGUCGUUGUCUAUCCAAACGCUUAUGGAUCCAACCAUAGCUGGCAGGGCCCAAAUUACGCUCCAGCCGGUGUGAGUGAUCUGAACUUCACGAUCGAUCUCCUGGACCACAUCGAGGACCAGUACUGCAUCGAUACUUCUCUGGUCUACGCUUCAGGCAAAAGUAACGGUGGCGGCUUUGUGGAUACGCUUGCCUGCUCAGACCAAGGGGAUAGAUUCGCAGCAUUUGCCAUUGCCAGCGGCGCAAUGUACACGGACACCUCUAGGGAUAGCUGCUCCAAGAAGAGGGCUAUCUUGGAAUCACACGGAGACAUGGACUCAACAAUUCCCUAUCAUCCCACCAAACCAGGCCGGGGUGGUCCUAUCCCAGAUAUCUCGCAGUGGGUCUCAUGGUGGGGAUACCGUACCUGCGGCAGCAGUGCUAAGCCACAAAAUUCUGGUGAUCUUGGAGGAUACAACACUACCUCUUACUCCUGUGGCAACUGGGACAAGGUUAUCGAUCACUACCAGGUCUUCGACUUAGGGCAUUGCUGGCCGAGCAGUACCGGCGAGAACUACGAUGCACUGGCACCAGAUCAGGACACAAGGAAGUGCCUCGACAAGGUGCUUGACUAUACUCCAGUUGUGUUGAACUUCUUUAGCAAGUGGACGCUUUCGAACUCGCCGAAGAACUAG